ACCCAGUCUAUGAGUUAUUAAUAGGAACAGAGAGUGACUACAGUGUUUACAAUACUACUAGUGUCAUUACAAACAUCACUUGUAGCUAUUCUUCACUUUCUGGCUGCACAUAUACAACUGAUUCAACCAAUUGUUCUAGUUAUGGUGGAGUAGCUAUCUUCUCUUGCAGAGAAAAUGUCACUACUAGUACAUCAGAAUGCAGUGAUGGUAACUCAGUAAGACUGUUGAACUACACUAGAGUUUAUAACUAUUAUGCUGAUUUUGAACGAGUAUCCAGUGGUCGUGUAUCUGGUUGUGUGAAUUCUCAAUAUGUUGACAUUUGUGCUGAUGGUAGUUCUGAUCUUGAGGCUAUUGCUCAGAGGGCAUGUAAUUACAGGGACUAUAAUUCAAGAGCUACAAUAAUACCAUGGACAUCUGACUACUCCAUGAGUUCCAGUGGUAUUGUUUUACGUAAUGUCAGCUGUGGUAGCGAUGUAUAUUCACUUCAAGGCUGUACCUAUGAAAUAUCUAAUAUAACAGAGUGUCCAUCUGGUAUACUAGCAGUCACUUGUGAAACCGCCUGUAGUAAUGGUCAAGCUAGAAUGGUUAAUGAAAGGGUUGAGUAUACUUCUAAUGGCAGUGCUAGAGUGUCUGGUAGAUUAGAGAUUUGUAUUAAUCGUGAUUGGGCAUCUGUUUGUGAUGAUGACACACUCAGUGAACCACUGGCUGAUAUUGCCUGCGGAGUUUUCUUACCAUCUAAUACAUCAUUGUAUGGAUCCAAUGAUAGAGUAUACACUAACUUUACCUGUCAAUAUGGUUAUGGGAGUUCAUCAAUAUAUGAUUGUAUAAAUGAUGCUAGAUCAGCUAACGAUAGCAUAGAGUGUGCCAGUAACAAUGCUGUUAUACAGUGUUUUAGACCAUCUCGUAGCUGUUAUUCAUCAUAUCAGAGUUUAUACUAUUCUUCAUUUAUCACUACUACUGAUGGUCGUUCUGGUUUCAUUGGUAGACUAUCUACAUGUAUCAAUAUGCAAGAAGCAGUAUACUGCAAUAACACUCUAA